CCAUUUAUCGUCUGCUUCGCCAUCACCGUUUCCAGCCUCACCAUCGCUCCGUUUAUCGUCUGCUUCGCCAUCACCGUAUCCAACCUCACCAUCGCUCCAUCUAUGAUCCGCUUCGCCAUCACCGUUUCCAGCCUCACUACCGCUCUUCUCGCUGAGACCAUCACCCAUGUUGACGUCUUCACACUCCCGUCCGCCUUGUCCGUUACGUUCUUGUCGAUCGUCAUCGCUAUCUUGUUCCCUUUGGCGCCUCCUCAUCAUUCUCUGUGUCUCCCUCUCCUUCUUUCUCUUUCUCUUCCUCCUAUCCUUGUCCGCCUGCGGUUCCCACUGGUCCGAAUCUGAAUCGCUGGUAUCGAUUGUGUCCGGAUGGGUUUGACUGGUAUUGGUGGUGUCUUGCUCUUGAUGGAGGUACGAGUAAAAAGGGACAGCCGUCUCGGUGCAUUUGCGUUUGGGCCGAUCGUCGUCGCCGGUCAUGGGCCAGGGUACGACUGUCGGACUGAGAGAUGGGUUUGGGAAGCUCGACGAUAUGGCGGAUAAGGACGAGGUGUACAUGACGAAUGAUGCAGUGAUAUGCAGAUGACGAUGGGUGGAUGGCUGACUUGUGAUGCUUGUGACUCUGUAGAGGAGCGGCGUACCAAAGAUCUUUCUGGCUCUUCUGGCUCUUCUGAGCUUCUGAGCUUCUGAUCAGCCGACACUCGACCGUUUGUGACUUUGGGCCCUAUACUCUCGAGGCGCGCGCGCGGAACCAAAGG